AUGCUGCCCACACGCCACGGCCGCAACGGCCGCCCCGAGACGAGCUGGCUGCUGCUGCCCAAGUUCUACGUGUACGUGGGCGCGCUGGCCAUCUUCGCGGUGGGAGCGCUCUUCGGAGGGGGCUACUACCAGACCAGCGGCGGGCGGAGCGCCAUGACGCCGGUCUUCCGCCGCUUCGCGGCCCCGAAGCCGACGGUGCUGGUGACCGGCGGCCUGGGCUUCAUCGGCAGCCACGUGGUGGAGGAUCUGCUGGCCAACAACUUCGAGGUGGUGGUGUACGACGACAUGAGCAACGGCAAGAACUUUAACCGUGGCGCGGCCGCCGUCCUGGUCAAGGACAUCACGGUGGUGGACGACUUCUCCUUCAUCAUCCACAAGAUUGACUACGUGGUGCACCUUGCCGCUGCCAUCUCCGUGGAGGAGAGCACGCGUCUUCCAGAGAAGUACGAGCGUAUCAACGUUGAAGGGUCGCGCAAGGUGCUCGACUGGGCCGCCAAGAACGGCGUCAAGCGCGUCGUGGCGGCAUCUUCCGCUGCCACUUACGGUACCCCCUUGCCGGAGAACUUGCCCCUCAGUGAAGAAACGGCCACCGGAGGAAUCUGCGCGUACGCCACCACCAAGUUCCAGAUGGAGAAGUUGAUGAAGCAGUUCAACGAGGACUACGGGCUCCCGUCGACGGCACUGCGCUUCUUCAACGUGUACGGCCCCCGCCAGGACCCCCACUCGUCCUACAGCGGCGUCGUCUCGUGGUUCAUGGAGCAGGCCAAGAUCAACGGCACGCUGAAAGUGACCGGCGACGGCGACCAGUACCGUGACUUUGUGUACGUCAAGGACGUCGCGCGCGCUAUCCGCACGGCGAUGCUGUUGGGCGACGACGAGUUUGACGUGUUCAACGUGUGCACGGGCGUCAAAUCCACCAUCAAAUCUGUAGCCCAGCGUAUCGUCGAGAAGUUCGGAUCGUCGGCUGCGAUCGUGAACGUGCCGUUCCGUUCCGGUGACGUGAAGGAGUCGGUGUGCUCGCCCGUGAAGGCGACGAACAAGCUGGGCUUCACAGCGUCGUACGACUUCUCGGACGGAAUCGGCGAGACCCGCGACUGGUUCCUGUCGCUGUAG